CAAGGAAGGACGCUCCGGGGCGUCUUUCCCGAGGGGGCCAAGAAUCAGGUCCCUUUCCAGAAAUCCAAGCCGGGAGGGGGGGAAUGCACCCGUUCCCACGUGCUGCACCCCCUUGCCCAGAGAUGGAGGGGUCGGCGUUGUAGAGGGCACAAGCGGGGCUGCUGGAAAGGGGCCGCAGCAUCGCCGUGCGCGCUUCUGCCAUGGGCGAGCCUCCGAAGCGACGCCAGAGGACGCGGAUCACGGGACAAGCAUUUCUCCAAUCCAAAGGAAGCAAGUGGCAGGACCGAGAGAGAACUUGAGAAUAUUGGUGUGUGUUUUUCCUGCCCUCUAACAAAAAGGAGUAUAACUUGUAUGAAUUGUUCCACGUGUGGAGUUGGCGAGCAUCCUUCGUGGUCUGCCCUUAUGUAACGAUCACCCUUCUAUACCGGGAGCCUAAAAGAAUGUCGCCGUUAAACCGCAAGAAAUUAACUGAAUGUAAGACUACAGCACUGUACUGUGCCUGGAAAGGACAGCUCUUCAUUCAGGAGCAGCGAGUGUGCGACCUGGCCCUUUGGUCGCCGUUUAGCAGCACCAUCCCAGCCCAGUUGCCAGCCAAGCUAGAAGCCAGAUAUGUUGUGGCCGUGUCAGACUUGAGAAAGAAGCUGCCUGAAGUUGCCUUUGGGAAAAACAAUUACGCGAAUGAUGAAGUACAUUCUCAAGGUAUUUGGUUCAGUUUAUACGAAGUGGAAAUAUUAAAUCAAAAUGAAAUGAAAGUGGAUCAGUUAAUAGAGAGCUUGAAAGAGAAAGAUCUGGCCCUUGUCAGAUAUUUGAACGAACACGGGAUUCUCAUCUUACUUGCCUCAUCGGCAUUGAUAAAAGAAAAAGAUGCUGUCCCUGAUGACUGUCCAUGUCUUCAGGCCUUGUUUGUGGUGUCCUCACCAGGGCCAGCACGCCUUACAGCAAAAGAUUUGAGAUGCGACCACAGGGUGCAUGAAAGAUCUUCUCAAGUCCCUUCGGUUCUGCCAGCCCUUCAGUAUGCAUUGGCGGAGGCAGCUAAGGAUCACAAAAAAGAAGGGGUCCCUUUUGGCACUCUAGUUAAGCAGCACUUCCAAGAGUUUGUGACGAUUGAUAAGAAUUUGCUGCCCACCCUUACCGAACUGGACAGACCGUCCUUCUCUUUCGACCAGUUCUUAAAGAAGUCUGACCUUGAAGCCGUGUCUGGAAAGUGUCCCCCCAGCUCCUUUUCUCACUUGCAGCUUUACCUGUUGGAUCCCCAGAACUACACUUUGGAAAUGUCCAUGGCCUCAGCUUGUUCUGAUUUUCAGUCUCCCAACAGUAGUAGAACGCGUGAUGCCGGCAGCUCUUCAGGCUUAAGGUCAGACACUGUUCCCCCUCAGGGGCCGGGACAGCCUGUCGAAACCACGAGGGUUUGGAGACCUGUGGAAUCGACUGCUCACAGCACAGAGGAUGCUAGGAAAUCCAACCGGACAAACGAGCGGGCUUUGCCGCACUGCAAGCGGAAAUCCAGCAGGCUCCUUGGAGCAAGCGCUAGGAAGAAAUGGGCCCCUCUAAAGAUCCUCUAUAUCACGGAGAGCAACAAAAAGCGGAAAAAAUCCAGAAAGAAAAAGUUGGAUUUCUCUUCUACGUCUUCCAAAACACAGGGGCCCUCGGCAGACUCCGAAGAACCCACCCUUAAAUUAAAAAAUCUUCAGUAUCCUAUUCGAAGGAAGAGAGGUGCUGAGGUUUUGUCGGCAGAAUUUGUGCAGAAGACGAGGCACGAGUCUGCCACGAAAGCAUCAUCCGCUUCUGAAGGCCCCGGCGCAGAACAAAAAAAGCCCAGGCUUCUGAACUGCAGGAAGAGUUUGGAUGCGGAAAAGGUGGAGAAAAUCUACAAGAGGCAGACGAUAAAGAAGAAAUGCGUCCAUCACAAGAGAGAGGAAAUCGAAUCAAAGAACCAUUGCGACGAGAACGGUCCUUCGAGUGAAAGACCUGCUUCUCAGGAGGCUUCUCCGGCCCUGAGGAGGGAUGAAUGCGAUUCCCAUGCCUUGAACAUGUUGGCCGAUCUAGCAUUAAGCUCUUGUGACUCGGUGCUGCUUAGUAAUGCCAACAGAUCUGGACUGUCCAACAGCCUGUCCCGAGAGCACCGGCACCUGCCGAGGGGGAAGCUUUUGCGCAAGGCUUCGGAUCACGAGUAUCACAGAAUCAACCAAAAAUGGAAAGGCGCUCCUCUUUCCGGCAGGAAUUAUCAUUGGUCCCUUUCUGCUCAUUUACAACCUGAUCCAAGUGUGGAACCCCCCUCCAGUCCUCGAGACAGGGGCCGUGUAGGUUCUGGCAAAAAGAAGAGCGCGAGACCUCAUCCGGCCAAGUCCCACGAAGCACUUCCAAUGGAGCCCGCAGAUUCUUCGGACUCGGGCGUGCCCUCUUUGAUCUCCUCGGAGCAUUCCUACGCUUCUUUGGCGUCAGAACCUUUGAAAAAGCAGCUCCCUUGGAGAGGGUCACUUAGUCCUCCCAACUCCAAUAACGGGGUGAAAAAUGCAAAGUCGAGACCCCUUGUUGGGAAAGUGUUGCCUUUCCGGCACCAGCAGAACAUUUGCCACCCGCACAAGCAAUUUAGGGCCUACUUGCCAUCCUCGCGCUCUGCCGUCAUGGCAGCCAGGCUGAAGGAGGACUUCUGGAAGUCCCACAAAGUGACCUUUUGCAACCAGACCGUUAGAGUGACUUGCCAGUGGGAGGCUGAAUACUUUUUCCGCUUAGAUAGCAAAUACACUAAUAAUUCUUUAGAGAGAACUGUCAUCCGGGCUGUACAUGGGCCCUGGGACGAGAGCCUGUCGGAUGAUAUGGAAGAAAUGAAGCUAAUACUUCAUACGUGGGUGGCAUUGUUUUAUAGCAAGCCUUUAAGAUCCCCGACAGCCAGGAAAGUGGUUGAACACAGUAACCCUGCCAAAUACGUAUCGCUGAACAGUGUUGUGGAUCCUUUCGAACUCAUCGAUGACAGCGAGGAACCUUACGAUUCAGAGAAGUGCCCGGCAGACGUGUUCUCUGAGGCAUACCGGAUGCCCGGUAAAGGUGAAGAAAGAGCGAGUUCCCCUGUGGAGAAGCCACUCUCGUGCAGCGAACUGUCCUCUACAAACUGCAUAGAGUAUGAGGCUCCUCCCGCGGACCCUGCAGAGACCAGCCUCCUGCUUUUGAAAGAUGGAGCAGUUGGCAACGUGGAUGACAACCUGAUAGGCCUGACUCCGGCCUUUGAUGAGGUGACUGGAGAGGACCCCGAAGAUGAAUUCUUGCUGGGGCCUGUUAUCUCUGUUCACAGUGAGAGCAGCGGCUCUCUAAAUGGACAAGGCGGCGGUUGCCCGAGACCCGACAUGGAGGCAGAAGCAAAUGAAGCUGUUCACUCCGUUGACGUUUUCCAAAUAGACUCGGCUUCUGCACUGGUUGAACUGCCGGAGGCCACAACAGUCACGCAAGUGGUAGCAGACGCCAGGAGCGUCGCUUCCACAGAGAAGUUGGAAAUAGAUAAUGCUGUGCUCUGUGCAAAGGAGAAGGACAGCUGCCAGAUUAGCAGCACUGAGUUGCUGCGUACGGCCAGAGCCAUGUGGUUAGAAGCAAGCACUGAGGACAGAAAAGGCGAGCGUCCGUGCAGAAGAGGCGAGUCACAGGAUCUCCCUGUAGAUGAAGACGAGGAGGACGGAGAUGGCGAGAGCGUGGAGCUGGUAUCCAUUGACCUUGCUCUUUCCGAUAGCAACGAUGCUGACGGGGAGCCACGAGAUGUGGAUCUGGAUCAAGACGGCGAGGACCUUCCCCAGGGGAGUUGUGUGGCCAAGGAGACCUGUGUCUGUGACGUAGCAUCCUCUGGAGACAGCUUGACAACUUCAACACCAUCACCAAAUGCAACUUCUCCACAUCAGCCUGCUCCCAGAAUAGUAAUAGGGUCACCAGGGGACCAAGAAGACCCUGCAGGGUUAGACCAAAAACCUGCAUUUGUUGAGGGCUUCUGUGAGUUGCAGGACACUGAAAGAGACGGUCUGGCUGAUUCGGCUGCACCGCAAGCCGUUCCUUUCCACCGGGGAGCUCCCGAUGAAGUAACUGAAUUGACAAGGAUUGAAGACUCUGUUGUAUCACCCGUACUUCCCAUGUCUCCACACCAAACAGAUCUGGUUGAACGGCCCUGCUUUUCCCAGGAAGACAAAGGAAUCUCUCUAGCAGAUUCGGUUUCUCUGCAAACGAGUGAACUGAACCAAAUAAAGAAUGAUUUGGUAACUCCAGAGUCAUCUGUAGGAAGCCAAGAAGCCUCGCUUGUGUUAGAGAAAAGUCAGACGUUCUCACACUCAUUGGAUCUAGUUGGCGUUUCCAAGGGAGGCAAAGAAAUCAACCGGGUCGAUUCGGCUUUGCAGCAGAUCGAUCUUGUCCAUCAGCCAAUACCUGAUGAAAUACCGGAAUUGCCAGGGAGCCAGGAAGCCUCUGCAACGUCAACCGAAUGUUCCGUUUCUCUAGAUCAAAUGAAUUUGAUUGAAGCUACGUCCCAAGAGGAUGUCCCGGUGGAUGAGUUGGCUUGUAAACUGGGCCAAGUACGAAACAGUAUGCCGACUGAAGAAGAAAACCCAAACAAUUCUCCUGUAUCGGCCAAAAACCUCGCAACUGCAAAACUGGAUGGUCUGGUUGGAGACUCUGGUGUUUCCCAGGAGGCAACAGGAACCGAUCUGUCGGAUUCAGCUCCGUUGCAGAAUCAUUCUGGCCACCAAACCACUCCUGAGGAAGGUGCAAAAUUGCCUGGGGACCAAGAAGACUCGGUUGCAUCAACCCACAAUCUUGUGUUUCCCGAUCAAACAGGUUUGGAUCAGGGUACCUGCACUGACCAGGGAGAAGAAGAAAUGAACGCGGCUGAUGCAGCUCCAUCACCAGCUAGUCACGAAGCCGUUCAAGAGGGACAGAAUAUUGAGCAGAUGACAGACAAAGAAAUCCUGCGCUUGGGGAUGGAUGACAGUGAGGUUGGAGCUGGCUCUGAAGGCACCAAGUGUCAGGUACAAGAUGCGAAUAACGGAAGCAGCUCUGUUGCAGAAGAAAUAGCCUGCGAUGAUAACCUAAACCAGCUGGCAGCUAAUGUGUCUGAAGAAAUCAAGUCCUUCCUUUGUGAACUGAUUGACUCUGUGAGCGGUUUAGAAGUGCAGAGCGAAGGAACCUCUUCUAAAGAGCACUCAGGGUUAGAUUGGAUCAGUUCAAUGGCCCUGGAGUGUGUGACCCCUCCUGAGAGCGAUGGAGAGAGCCUUACAGCUGGUCAGCUGACCGGUUCUGACCCCCAAUUGGUGGCGGACGAGCACUUAAAGCAGCAGAGCAUCUUCGUUGACCAAGAGGCAGAGUUACAAGAGCACGGCCAGUGUUUUGCAGCCUCUCACAAAGGUCUGGUUUCACACCCUGCAGCUGUCGUUGAGAGAGAGCCAUUUCAAGUGGGUGAAGCUGCCUUGGCUGUCCUUCCAAGUCCUUGCUGUGCAGACCAGGCAAAAAUGGGCACCCCAAGUUUAGACUGUAAGUUGGCUGAAACAGCUGUCUCCUCGAAGAACAAUGAUCCCACUGGGUCUGCGUUGUGUGGAGAAGUUUGCGUAGGACCCGCUAGCCACGAAGCAUCUGUUUUGGCAAGGGAAGGCCCGUUCAGGGAAGGGGAUAUGGAAAUCUUGCCUCGUGUGUCAGAAGAACUUGAUUCACCUUUGCGUGGAGGCACCAACGAGGGACAAAAACGGGUGUCUUCUGAAGAUGCUGUGGAUGUACAGUUAUCCAGUGAACUAACACAGUUGCCUGCUGGAGUCCUAGGUCCUAACACAAAUAGGGAAGCCAAAUCCCUUUUGACAGACGGUGAUCAAGAACUCUUUGGAGAUCCGUAUUGCAGAAAUCCGUCUGUGAGCACAUGUACAAGAUCCACCAACUCCUCAGGAGUUUCAGGGGCUAACUACACCUGUGAUUUGCGGACCGAAGAAGAGAUCGGCAAGAGUGAUGAUUGGCUGUAUUUGGGGAAAAAGAAGGUGAUUUUGGAUGUUGGGCCGGAGUCUAAACAUUACGACUGGCCUUUCACGUGUCGAAGGGACAAUAGGUCUGCCCUGCCCUCUCUUGAAUCUGAUGGUGAGCAGGGGCCUCUAAAGGAUUAUAUAAACUUUUCUGUCACCAAGAAGCACAAGGACAGAACUAGAACUUUUCACUCUUCCAAGAGUGGCGGCCAUUUCAUGGAAAAGUCCGGAUUAAUAAACUCCUUGAGUAGGACUUGGCAAGUUUUGGAGGACCCCACCCAGAGCACUUUAGAUAUGGAGUGUUUGCGGUUCUAUUAUAAGCUAAAGCAAAUCCUAAAAAAUAAGAGACCACAACUUUCUACCUCCGACAAACUCUUUGUGAAAGAGCUUGCACCUCAGGUAAUAGUCGAAGCAUUACCCUUGAGAAAGGUACCCGAAGCUCCUGUUUUGAAUGUCCCGCCCAGGAGUAGAAGCCCACUUCUGAUCACUAUUGUGAAUCCUGGCUUGAGGCAGAGUGCCGGGCAUCAGUGCCCCAGAAUCAGCAGGCACCACGGCCCCUUUGACCCUCCUCCUCCUCCCGCACAAGACCCCUUUAGCAAAGCUGCUAGGUUCAAAAGCCAGGGGCAGGAAUGGCUUGUCCCUUUCCGCCUCAACAAGUUAACUUACAAUAAUAAGCUAAAAGAUUGCCGGGGUGACAUCUCGGUCAUUAUGGAUGAGUUUGCUGAGCUGAGCAGGGUGAUGAAGUCGAGCGACAGGCAGACGAGCGACAAAGGGAGAGAUUCCAAUACUACCUCAGAAGACGUUCCGGAGAAAAGACGCCCAUUCUUGCCCAGAGCGGCGGCAACCUACGAACACCUCUUCGGUGACUUGCGUGACACACUACGUUUCAGACUUAAAAACGUUGCCAAAGAGGCAUGCAAAAAACCGUACUCGUUCUACCUGGUGGAAACAGAUGACGACCCUUUCUUUGGGAGAAUAAAGAACUUGCUGAAAAAAGGGAAUCAUUUGGAAGCCGACCCUCAGCAUUUCUGUAAGACCAGCCACCCAGAGACGGACCGACUGGUGGUCAUCAUUAGAAACGAGGACAUCUUUCUGCGCAUUCACAAAGUUCCUUCCUUGUUGCGCCUCAAGCACUGUCCCAAUGUGACAUUUGCCGGUGUGGACAGCCCUGAGGACAUGCUGGGGAACACCUACCAGGAGCUUUUUCACAGCGGAGGCUUUGUGGUGACUGAUGACCAAGUACUGGAGACGAUGACAAUGGGGCAGUUGAAGGACAUGGUGAAAACUCUGGAGCAGCUCAAUGGGCAGAGGAAGUGGAGAUGGCUCCUUCACUACAAAGAGACGAAGAAACUGAGAGAAGACGCAAGGGUGGACCCUGCGGCUCACUCCAAGGACUCGAUACUGAGAUCCUGCCAAGGGGCCAAUUUCACCGAAGUUCUUCACUACCACCGGUGUGACUCCAGAUCUUCCCCGAAAUCCGAGUAUUUGAAUUGCUUACUGAAUCUGCAGGUUCAGCAUAUCAGCGCCCGGCUGGCUGUCUUCCUGACAGAAAAGACCGGCGCCAGCAGAGAGGCCUUAGAGAGCAAAGGGAUCUUGGUUCUGGAUGUAAAUACUUUUGUUGCAACGGCUCAAGACUUGGCAGUGUCCUGUAGAAGCAAUUAUUGAGAACCAAGAUGCCUCUUCGACACUUCACGAGCCUGGGGCUAUAUGCAGGACAAAGCUUUUUUUUUUUUCUUUCUAAAAACCUACGAAGAAAUGAGAUUUAUUUUGCUGUUUCCAGUCAUGCACCAUAAAAACUGUCCCUAUGGGUGCAAUGGGGCAUAGCCCUCCCCGCAAUUCCACGGACAGAACGACAGCUAUUUUAUUUAAGGGCGGUAAAUACCAUGGUUUCUUAUUUAACCACAAUGUGGAACCUCCAGCAAAAUGUAUUUUUAUGUAUUAGUUGUUGAAAGGAUAGCAUUUGAACACAUGGGUUGUGCAGCUAAAACAAAACUUAUCAUAGGAAAAAAAAAACCUGUUUACUUGAAGGUUCAGCACUCAGUAGUUAACCCAGGCUUUCAUACUCCUGGUGGUACAUAGCAGGCAUGGGCUACCUGGAAGCUCUUCUGAACAAGCCCUGCUGCUCUGGGACAGCUCCCAUCGUGUGUCAGCAUGGCUUGGUCAGGAGCCCUUCCAAGUGGAUCAGGCCCGGCAUACUAGAACAGUCAGCAUUCUAGGGUCUGGUUUCUUUUUUGUACAUCAGUGCAAAAUAUUUGAUGUUGUUACAGUGCAAUCACUGCCCCCUUUUCUUUGUUACUAACUGUUGAGGAGUAGAACUCCCCCCCCCCUGUAAGUAGGAAGUCCUUUCCUUGUCCUAUUUAUGGCAUUGCAAUAAAAGUUUCGGAUAGAUCGUAGCACUAAUACGAGCAAAAUUGGUAAGGUGCCUCGGGAAUUGCUUUGGAGGCCAUUUUAUAAACUAAUCUUUAUAAAUAAAAAUGAACCGAAAAAGGUGUUGGCCUGACUUGAUCCCGCAGUUGCCAAACUCAACGAGUCGCAUGCUUGUUGGGUCAGCGCCUGGCUUCUGCGAACUCUUCCCGCCACUCUCCUGGUUUCGGUUGCGCACUUAGAAGUUGAGUUUGGUGCCUCAGUAGCAUUCUCAGCUAGCAUGAAGGACUGAUUGGGAAAUCCGUGGACCUCUUGUGAAGCAUCCCUCCAUUUCCUGCUAGGGGAGUGCACCAACUUGGGAAGCUGUAAGCGGCCUGGGCAAAUUUUUUCAGCCAGAGGGCCACAUCCAGACCCCUGGCUAUUGUUGAGGGCUCAGAGUUGGACACUGGCCCAUCCUGUAGGCCAGGGCAGCCCCUUUCCUUUGUCGGUGCCUUCUGUGGUGCUCCACUCUGAAGCGAUCCAGACUAUUUGGCAAAAGCUACCAACUAGGCCCAAAGGAUCCCAUCCUCUCUGAGCGCCUGUGAACACUUCUGGAAUAGAUCUGUAUUGUUGUUUCUAGUGGGGUUGAUAUUAUUUAAAUGUACUAAAAGCCCGGGACUAGCCCAAUUGCUUCUCCCCCCUCCCCAUUUAUACUUCCCAAAAGUUCCAAUUAUAUGAAACUUGCAUGGUACAAAAAUGAGAUUCCAGGGUUCAGAGGGGCUAAAGGAAACCUAGUAAUGCCGUAGUUAGCCAAGCAUCUUAAUACUGAUCCAAUUGAAAUUGCGGGGGUAGCCUUAGUUACCAGCUGCAAGUCUUCACAGAAUCAGGGACCCGAUGUAUUUUAUCCUUGGUGUGUUCACUAAAGGGUCCUGUGGGUGGGGCAGGUGCACUCACUUCUGAGGGAGGGUCUCCUUUUCCCCUUUGCACUGAGAGCAGAACUGUUGCUUUAAACCACCACCAGCAGUCCUGAAAACAGAGCAGAGCUGCAAGGGCCAGUGAGAGUCGCUUUAAGGGGUGGUCAGUUACCGCCAGGCCUUUACAGGAGACGCGUUCUCUCCUGUCCCUUCAGCAAGUUUAAGGUGAGUGUAGGAAUAAGGGCAGAGAACAACAAAAGCACAAGAGAAAGGAAGGAAGGUGAAAGGAAUAAGGAAGGCAUUAGGAAGGGGGGGGGGAGGAAUCGAUGCUGAGCAGCACAUCAGCGUGCCCCCAGCAUACACGUGGGAUCAUUUCCAGCCAGUGAGGGUGCACUUCACCAGUCUGAGGGCUGGAUCCAGUCUCUAAGCUGCCAGUUGCCCACCAGUGCGUAAGAACCAGACUCUCAAUUUCACUAGGCUGCAGCUCAACUGGGAGAACUCCAGCCUCCCCGGGUGUGUCAUAUCAGGUCUGCAAAGAGAUGUGGCCUGUCAGCUUCGGCAUUUUUCAUCCGAAGCUUGCGGAUGAACAUACAAAGCUGCCGUGUUCCAGCACCCUCUAGGCUGGCCAGCGGAGGACUCCCCCCCCCCACCAAUGCCAUGGCCAUGCCAGGGGAUGGAUGUAGGCCCUUAGGCCAGUACUCAUCACCAAGCCAGUGCUAGCCUAGCUAGGGUUUGCGCCGUUCUGCUAAUAAAUACAAGAGUGGA